CGACGCGUUUGUGCUGCCGCCAUAUUGCAGCGGGGUCGUGUAUAGAGAAUGCCAGACUUCUGUGCCGCUGUCGGCUGCGCUCACCAGAGGAACGCCAGCACCAAGCAGCAGGGGAUCACUUUCCACAGGUUCCCAAAGGACAAAGUUAAAAGGCAGUUAUGGAAAGUGGCGCUGAGGAGAAGGGACUUCUCGCCCAGUGAGCGCUCUGUGGUCUGCAGCUGCCACUUCCAGGCAGAGGACUUCGACAGGACUGGACAGACGACCCGUAUCAGGGAGGGGGCCAUCCCAUCAGUUUUUGGAUUUACGAGGCCUCGUGGCAAGGCAGCUUGUAGAGGCAGAACAAGCAGGACCUCCCAGAAAGCUGCAGAAGAACCCCUGCAGGUUCAGGUCCAUGUCACACCAGAGCCCACAGAGUCUGACCAUCGGUACGCCCUAGACCCGGCUAACGUGAAAAAGCGGUUAAAUGAGGCUCAGGAGGAGUUGGAGAAGUUGCGCCGGAACUUAAGAAAUGCAAAGGACCGAGAAAGAAGGCACAAGAAGACCGUGAAGAGUGUGCUGGAGGAUUUGAAGCACAAACACGUGCUCUCAGAGGAACUGCAGCAAAGACUGGGUGAUAUUCUGCUUGGCUGAACUCUUCACUGGCCUGAGUCUGUUCGUCCUUUUUCACAUCAGAUUUGGCAUCCACACUUUGUCAGCAGUGACUGAGAACCUCUGAUAUUCAGUCAGAGCCUCAGUUUAGUUUUUGUUUCUUUAACCCGUCAUCGCUGUGGAAAGCUGCGCCUAUUCCAGCUUCCUCUUUGGAAGCGGCUUCAGUGGUCGACGAUUGAUCCCCA